AGGGACAAUGCCUGCGGAGGACACAUUGGUUAUAAGAAGAGCAAGUUCAUCUAGGACAGAAGGAGAUACAAAAGACUGGGGGAUCGUCACAGAUAAGGACUCAAAUGCCACAGAUAAAGACUCAAAUGCCACAAAUAAGGGCUUAAAUGCCACAGAUAAGAACUCAAAUGCCGCAGAUGACGAUCGCGGGUUUGAGACUGUAGAUCAGGGCAUGAGCCUCACCCUUCCCUCGCUGACUGAACUAACCUCGGGUGUUGCAGAUCCA